AUGAAAAAAGUUAAACUAAUAGUAAAUGUCAAAGAGCUAUUUGAAGCAUGCAACGCUAUCAUUGCGCCAGACUCAAAAGUAGUUCUUGAACAUAAGGGUUAUUUGGAAACAAUUAACAUACUAAAGAAUAUAUUCAGCAGUGGCGGUCUAAAAAUAGAAAGUGUAAAGUAUCCAUGGUUUUCUUUAUUUAAAUUCAAUUUAUUCUCAACAGAAAGUAAGCGCUAUACUGAUAGAGAAAAGGAAGCUAUCCUGGAUAUAAUUAAGAAUAACAUUUAUGAAUACUAUACGUACAAUGUGUAUAAAAGUAUAGGCUAUCUACAUGAAGCUUUAAAGUGCAAAGAUGAAACAGCAAUUAAGAGCCAGUUUAUCGAUCUAAUCAAUGACAUUAUAAGACAAACCCCACUUAUAUACAACCCAGAGCAGGGAGUGCAUAUGCAGUUUGACAGAGACAAAGCGCUAGAAGAUGUACUCUUGCCUGAUAGAGACAUCGACCUAAGCACUAGAGAAUACAUACUAGAGAUUGAUGAUACAAAGUUCUUGAAUUUAGAAAGUUUACGAGACUCUGUCAUUGAGAGUCGAGACAGAAAAAUGUUUCACUAUAUAACUAAAAAUUCUAUCGAAGACUCAAUGCGCAAAUUAGACAUGGAUAUUUUUAAAAAAUACUCAUUCAAAAAAAAAUACUACACUCUAGACGAGCUGUACACUAAGAAAUACGAAAAUACUAAUGAGCUACUGAUAGACUACGGAUUGAAGCUUAUUCACGAAAAAUAUCAUAAGAUUGCUGAGUUAAUCGAGCUGGUUAGAGAGAUAAAAAUCAUCUCAAAUAACCCGCAGGAUAUAGUUGAAGAAAUAUACAAGGUGUUUACAGCAGAAGAGCUGCUCUUAGCUAUUUCUAUUAAAAACAAUCUAAAAAAGAUUUCACACGAAAAAUACAUACACGACUACAUAAUUGAUACAAUAGAAUAUGUAGCAAACAAAACUGACUUCUUAAAAGAAACAGAAGGAGGGCCAAACAUUCUGAGACUGAAAGCAGGUUUAAGUAAUUUUUACAGAAAGUAUGUAGCUAGAGGCAUAGAUUUAAAAGAAAUAUUGAAAAAAGAAAAAACUAAAAUCUAUAAUGAAAUAAAAGAAAAACAGGAAAUUUUAAGAGAAAAGAAAAUAGAGUAUGAUCAAGCAGUGGAAAAAAAUAAUGAAGAGAGUGUUACAAAACUAAGCUGCUCUAUUAAUAAUCUGGAAAAUGAUCUAUAUUUACUAAGACAUGAUAAACAUAGAGCAUUUUUAAAAUUGCUUAAUUUUAAUAUAAAGUUAUAUGAGUUAGAUAAAUUAAAGCCAAUUCAAGAAGAGCACAUACUCAAAGGGAUAAAAAGAUUUGCAAAAGCACGGAAAAUAGAAGUAGAUAGAUUGAAAGUACCUAAAGAAUCAGAAGUAGUUCUAGAAGAGUCAGAGGAACUCAAGGAAAGAAAAAUAAUACAGAUGCAGAAAACUGUAAUUCUCAUAGUCUUUCUUAUAUCUCUUAUAAUAUCUAUAGUAUUUAUCAGUUUUUCUAGAAAUGUAGCGAAACUUUCUAAUAUCUAG